UUUAAAUGGCUAACAACAACACCGUUUCGUCGACUUUACCGUCGAGAGAUUACCAUUGUAAGGUCUGCGACCUAUAUUUGGAUACCGUGGACUCUCUGGAAGUGCAUUUACAAUAUCAUAAAGAGAAUUUGUACGUGAAGUGGGGCACACAGAACACACAAAAUGAUUCGGAAAACAAUAACGGUGCAAAAGUAAAGAACGAGACUACAGUGUCGGCUCCAGCCGACUCCAGCGACAGCAUGAUCACCAAACCAAGCCCGGAAUUUCAACACCGGGCUACACCAGAAACAACAGUUCAAUUUCCGCAUCCGGCAACACCACAGAGCUAUCACAGUGCUCCGUCACCAUAUCAAAACCCGGAUCAAACGAACUUUUCUCCAGGAGCGCAAUUCGGUAACAAUUUUUCUCAUGCUAAUUUUCCACAAAAUCAACACGCAGAACAAAUUAAUUGGGAGCAAUCUCAAUAUAACCAAGACUAUCAAAAGCCAAAUCGCUUCCAUCCUUAUAAUAUGCAAGACCGCGUAUCGCAAGUAUCCUCUUCAAGUCCACUUUACGGUCAACCACUAAAUCAACCGACUCCAUCACCAUCACCCAACCAAUGUGACAAAUGUGGAUUUGUUUGUGAAUCUGCUGUCCAGCUUAAUGAACAUUGCAAUUCGGCGCAUGCAGGAACGAGUGCUGCUGCUGUUUCAGCACCUAUGCCUUUUCAACAGUUUUCUGCGAAAUCAUAUAAUAAUUCUGGUUAUCAAAACGAUACUGUAAAAGUUAAGGAAGAACAUGAAGAAUCUUCAGAUAUACUAGAUUUGGACUCUCAAAAAGUGGUAUAUCAAGGAAAUGAAGGAGAUCAACAGAAUACGCCUUAUGAAGAGACACAUACACAAGUUCGUGAGGUUAAUACAAGAACUGUUCCAAUGAUGCCAUGGGAAACUCAAAAGCUAUACAACAACCCGCAGCUUAAUGGGGACGUAUCUUUGUUUAAAGACCAGAAAAUGUUUGCGGAACAACAAAAGGUUUAUUCUGCAGAAGGAAAAAUGUUUCAUCCUGAUCAAAAAUUUGGUUACUCACAAGAAAAAUUUUUAGUACAUCAUGAACAAAAACCUUUUAUGCACGUGGAACAAAAACUUUAUCCGGGUGUCCAGAUGCCACCAUUAUCUGAUUAUUCUGGAAAUGUUGCUUCGACUAAUUCGGAUAUGAAACCACCUUAUCGACCAUAUGAUUCACCUUCAGCUCCACAAAUAACAAGUACACAACCUGCUAAUCCUACUUCAUCAUCUCUUCCAUCUAUUGGAGGAAAAGGUGCCAAUUGGAAAUCGAAUGAAGCAAGAAGACCGAAAACUUACAAUUGUACGGCCUGCAAUAAAUGGUUCACUAGUUCGGGUCAUUUAAAAAGGCACUAUAAUACUACACUUCAUAAAAAUGCGGUGAGAUCAUCGGGGCAACCAGAUCCAGCGACGAUGCCAAUUUCAAGCCACCAUCACCCAAGUCGUGACUCACUGCAAAAUCGCGCUCAACAACAGAGUGUUGAUUCAAAUACUCAAAGUCCUAUCCCAUCUGACGACAGUCGAAGUGUAGACGAAGGCGCUAUACAAUCGCCUUACACAUCGCAAAACUUCGAGCGCUCGCAUCGUGUACUCGCCAUGCAGUCCAAGUCACCGUAUACACAUCUUCAACAGGGUAAUUUAGAUAAUAAUUUCAGCAAUAAUCCUUUAGCUAAUCACCCUUUACAACAUCAAAUUGUUUCACAUCCCAUAAACAUGGGUAGUCAACCACCGGGUAUAGGAAAUCCAAAUGAUAAUCCUCAAGCGCCGAAAGGUCCUACAAUGUCUACUGGCGUGAAUCCCCCAAACGGGGAAGCAGGUCCCUCUGUUUCACAAAAUCACCAUAUGAGGGGCCUGCUAUCAGUGUCAACCAGCAAUAUUUCAACGCCAGUUCUAACCCAGAGUACGCCGGCACUUACGGCACACACGCUACCACCGUUCAGCCAUUUGGGUGUCAAUCCAUACAACCCGAGGUCUACGGAUCCUUUGGGGCCUUCGGUACCGGACCCCACUCACACCCCAUUAUAUUUGGGUCAGAAUUUUCAGCAGACUAUAGCACCGAGUUACCCAAACGGGAUGGCCCCCCACGUUAUGGAUAUGGCUAUCAACAACCUGCCUAUAGCCAAUCCGGCUACUUUUGGUGAAUCUGCACCAGGGGUAGUCGAGGUUAUGGAACAAGAAACGUUGAAUCAGCCUGCUAGCGGACGCUUGCCAAGUUUUUCGCAGCUCCAAACGCAGAGCUUUAGCGUUUAUGUUUCUAACAUUACAUCACCUAACGUGGGGGGUCAAGUUGUUACCGACGAAUCUACCGCCGGUUACAUUAUUGUCGAUCCAGUCCAUUCGCCGAUACAGUACAAUGGUAUUGAUAUAGGUGGUCAAUCAUUAGAUUACGAUUAUUGUUUUUCACCUAAAGCUAAUAAGGAAAAUGUUCUUAGUUACAAUACAGAUAAUAUAAAAGUAUACCCAUAUGGCUAUGCGGUAGGCGGUAAAACAAUCAAACGAGAGGAUGACCUCUUAAGGACUGACUCGAGUGAGCUUCAGAUUUUAAAAAUAGAAGAUAUUAUGGAUUAUGCUAAUAAAGAAAAUUAUGGAGCUCAAAUGAAGUCACCAGCAAGUCCAGAAAGUGCUAAGGCUGAAAAUGAAAACCAUGGCUCGCCUUCAAUUUCGUCGACGGUACCAAGUACACCACUCACUGAAAGGAAUCAAUUAAAAAAGGCCGCACCUGUGACAAUCCAUAAAUGUUAUGAAUGUGACAAAUUAUUCAAUAAAGCGUGUUAUCUUACACAGCAUAAUAAAACGUUCCAUUCGGGUGCUAAGCCUUUUAAAUGCGACCGCUGUGGCAAACGAUUUUCGGAUGACGUUUCUUAUGAAGGCCACUACUUGAAACAUGCAGACAAUAAGCCCUUUAAAUGUGUUGAAUGUCCAAAAUCCUUCAACCACAAGACAGAUUUACGCCGACAUAUGUGCUUGCAUUCUGGUUGCAAACCCUUCGCCUGCGAUCAUUGCGGUAAAGGAUUUAUAAGGAAGGAUCACAUGGUUAAGCAUUUUGAUACACAUAUGAAAAAGAAUAUGCGAUCGUCAACAUCGUCAAUCUCCUCGACGUCACCUUCUUCUUCAUAAACGGCUUCAAAAAUAUCAUUAUAUAUUUGGUCAUUUUGGUCAAUACGUUAGUUAAAUUUAUUUCACACAUAUCAUUUUCAAAAGAAAAAAAUCUUCUAAUGACAAUUAAAUAAUAUUUAUAUAGUUAAUAACAUUUAAACAUAGCACUUUGUUAUAGAUCUGUUUGUCCUUUUAACGUAGCUGCGGAUCGACUCCGACGCAUGCAUUUUGUUCGCCAGCUGUUUUUUUGUUGUUCAUUCAAUCUAACCUUGUAUUCGGUGCAAGGUGACUUUACAUGUCUGGGUGUCUGGGCGCUAAACAUGUAAUUACACGACGUCGGAAUGAUAUUCCGCAAUAAUUUAUAGA